UGUAGCAGUUUUUGUUUGUAGUUUGGUUUGUGGCUCACAUAAAAAAUAAAUUAAUAUUGCUAUGUAUCAACGAAACCAAAAAUAAAUUAUAGCGCUGGUCGCAGUCUUCCUGAUUUCUAUUGCUAAAUUGAGAUAAUUGGUUAAAAAAAUUGCAUUGAAGAACUUUCUGAAGUGGAAGUGUGUAAUAAAUCCUUUAGUUCCUACCAGUUCCUGUAAUUCAUAAAGAUCUUAAGACAAUGUCGGAGCUCAUGCCAGCAGAUGAGCCCGAACAGGAUCGAAUCAGAUCAGUCCUCAGCGGUUUUCAAAUCAACCAUAUGAAUUUGCGAGAUGUAGACACAGGUAAAAUUCUUUGGCAGCACAAUGAAGAUAUGUCAAAUCCAGAUGUAGAGCAUGAGGCAAGGGUACCCAAACGCAUACUCAAGUGUCGCGUUGUCUCUCGUGAGAUGAACUUUAGCUCUAUAGAGCCUAUGGAAAAGUUUAGGUUGGAACAGAAAGUACUAUUCAAAGGAAGAUGCCUGGAGGAAUGGUUCUUCGAGUUUGGCUAUGUAAUUCCAAAUUCCACCAACACCUGGCAGUCAAUCAUAGAGUCUGCACCUGAAUCACAGAUGAUGCCUGCUAAUGUACUAAAUGGCAAUGUCGUGAUCGAAACAAAAUUCUUCGACGGAGAUCUGCUGAUAACGACCUCGCGUGUCAGACUGUUUUACGUUUAAUUAUUAUUAACAUUGUACCCACCUUGUACCAUAACUGAGAAGCAUUUAUUUUAUUUAGAUUGAUGGCUUUUAUUUUCAUUUGUAUAAAUCUACGCAUUUUUCUCUAAUAAGUAUUUUUUUAUUUAAGAAAUAAAAAUGUCCUUUCAAUAA